UUACAUUUGCGCCUUUUUUUCUAAAUGGUCACUCGUUCUUUCCGCAACACAGUUUUAUUUUUAUAUUAUUAUAUUAUUUAUUUAUUAUUUUAAGUGCAAGAAUAAUUAAUUUAUUAAAAUAUGGAAAUAUAUUGUUUGAUUUGUUUACAGUCUUGUUUAAAUUUAUAAUAUAUUCAGUUCAGAUUUAUGAGCUAUGAUUAUUUUCCUUUUCCCUCGAAAGCUCGAUCCUACACCUGAUUCACACUGGAGUACAAGCGAGUGCAGUUAAAAUGAACACACCUGAGCGUCGCAUUGGUCAUUCCAUCCUGUUUUAAUGAAUGGAGUACGUCACGCGUCAUACGGUUGGGUGUAGCUCGGUACAGUUGGAGCGCUUGGGUUAAGGGUGUUGUCCGUGUCCGAUUGAUUCAAAAAUAAAUGUUUUAAAGGAAAAUGUGGUUCAAGUAUCACGCGUUAGUGGUGUCCCUGUGCAGUUUCUUAUCAUACCAGACUAAUGGCCAAUCGAUUGUAUUCCUCAACAAUACGGUUACAUGGUGCACAGUUUCUGAGGGCGAGCAGAACAAGUGCGAGGCAUUUGGCAGAGCGAUUGAUCGUGAGAGAGGCUCGUUCGGCUUGAGCUAUUUCUCGCUGCGCUGCAAGCGAGCUUUCAACAAGGAGGAAUGUAUGACCAUGCUGGACCACGAGAAAGCACAGAUAACAACGUUAGACGCCGGGGAGGUGUUUAUAGCGGGACGAUACCACAGUCUUAUUCCAAUCAUGCAGGAGAUAUACCAGAGCGGUGUGAAUUACCAGUACGCCGUCGCAGUGAUCAGGAAAGGCUCUCUGUCCGAUGUGCAGAGCUUGCAUAAUCUCAGAGGCAAGAGGGCCUGUUUCGCUGGUGUUGGAACAUUGGCAGGCUGGGUUAUUCCCAUUAAUACUCUCAUGAAAUAUGGAGGAAUGGAAGUUAUUGACUGCAACAACCACGUGAAGUCAACGAUCAAAUACUUUGGUCCCAGUUGUGCAGUGAACUCGUUAAUCGACAAGUAUAAUCCGCUUGGCGAUAAUUCCGAUCAGCUGUGCAAGCUCUGCAUCGGAAAGAUACCUGGUGGCAAGUGCACGACUCAAGAUCCUUACUCGGGAUACGAGGGCGCCUUCCGUUGUCUGGUCGAGGCGGGCGAGAUAGCCUUCUUGGUGCACACAACCGUGGAGGAGAUGACCUCGACGACGUUCGACUUCAGUUCCGUGAAGAAGGAGCAGUUCGAGCUGCUGUGCAGGGACGGAACCCGCAGAGCCGUCGACGAGUACAGGACCUGCAACUGGGGCACCGUGCCGUCGCGCGCGAUAGUCACGUCCUCGGCGACCAACUUCGAGAUCCGCCGCAUGUACCAGAGAUUCCUGGAGAGAGCCGUGCGGUUGUUCCAUAAGAGUAAGAACGACACGUCCGGCUUCAAUCGGAACUUGGACAACAAUCAGAGAGGAUUCCGAGGAGAGGAUCUCGAGAAUCGCGCGGGGCACAAGUUCGGCGAGAGCGACUUCAACAGGGGCGGCUACAACAAUCCAAACGAGUACAACACCGACCGAACGUGGGACCGCAAUGGAUUCGAUCGACGUUACGGCGGCGCCGACGGCGGAUUCAACUCGUGGGACAGGUCCAAUGACACGUGGGACCGCAAUGGAUUCGAUCGACGUUACGGCGGCGGCGACAGCGGAUUCAACUCGGACAGGUUCAAUGACACGUGGGACCGCAAUGGAUUCGAUCGACGUUAUGGCGGCGGCACGAGCAAUGACACGUACGAUUACUACAACCGGGAUCACACCGAGCCUACGAACGUACAUCCCAUAGAGGUGUUCGACCUGUACGAGUCGGCUCCUAGAUAUGGAAUGCAGCACAAUCUCAUCUUUUCUGACUCCGCUCGCGACUUCGUGCAACUGUCCGAGAAGGACCAGACGUACACUGGUUACUUGGGAAGAGCCUUAGAUCAAAUACUGGGAGUACGCCAUUGCCCGGUAAAUCGGAUGGCGUUGUGCGUCACGUCUGAUCCGGAAAUGGAGAAAUGCGUGAAAAUGAAGAUCGCCUUAAAAGCCCAGCUGUUGAAGCCGGAAUUGAUUUGUCACAGAGGCCACAGUCAGAUCAAUUGUAUGCAAUCGAUACAGAACGGGAUUGCUGAUGUAGCCGUGCUGGACGCCAGCGACGUCUACACUGCCGGCCUACGCUUCGACCUGAUUCCGUUUAUAUCGGAGGUGUACAAUCUCGGCACGCCGGAUUAUUACGUCGUCGCCGUCGCCAAAGAGGAGGACGACAAUACGGAUCUGACGUACCUCAAGAACAAGUAUACUUGCCACACCGGAAUCAACAUGGCCGCGGGCUGGGUUUAUCCGCUGGCGUACCUCAUCUCGAAUAAGUGGAUCAGGGGAUACGGCUGCGAUUCCGUGCGCGCCGCUGCUGAAUACUUCACCAAGUCCUGCGUGCCAGGCGCACUCAGUACCGAGUACAAUACAGGCGUGCCUUACGAUAACAUGUGCGACUUGUGCCACGGAGUGAGCUACAGAUACUGCCGACGGGACGCUUCUGAGGAUUACUUCGGGUACACCGGCGCGUUUAGGUGCCUGGUGGAGGGAGGCGGAGACGUGUCCUUCGUGAAACACACGACGGUCGCGGAGAACACCGACGGCAAGCGCAAGGAGUUCUGGGCGCGCAACACCUUCACGAAGGACUUUCAGUUACUCUGUCCGGACGGUACGCGCCGGCCGACUACGGACUACGUGAACUGCAACCUCGGCAAGGUCGCCGCGAACGCGAUCGUCACGCGCGGCGGCUAUUACGGCUAUAACCAGACGCAGAUCAACGCUUACAUAAAUCUGUUCAUAUACGCGCAACAGUUCUAUGGCCGGAAGGAGCAGGACGAGUUCAGUUUCAGCAUGUACUACAGUCAGCCGCCUUACAGCGAUCUCAUCUUCCAGGACGCUACGCAACAGCUGAUCGUCAUCCCGCCGGAGAAGCGGGAGUACAGCGCGUACCUCGGGCAGGAUUUCAUGCGAGCCAGGAGAAUUGUCGAUUGCAACGCUGGCGCGUCCGCUAUAAGCUACUCGAUUUUCGCGACGACGGUCAUGAUCAUGUUCACCUUCGUGUUUGGUAGAUAAGGCGCCGGAGGACUGAUCGGGAUCGCGAACGAGAAGAGAGAGAUCUGAGAUAUAAUAUAGUAGAUUUUAUCAUUGUCAACGCAUACAAUAUCUGCAUUUUUUAUCCGCAAUGUAAACUGCUGUUAAUAUCAGUAUAGAUUCUAAAUUUAUCGAGUAUUGUUUUAGAAAUAUUUUAUAUAUAUAUAUAUAUAUAUGUAUACUUAACAGUACAAAUGUGACUGAAAGGGAUAGAGUUAAAUAUGUAAAUUCCAUGGCUGCCUUUACAUCCAGCUAGCACAGCUGUAUAUUUAAACGUAUCCGUCCAAAAUGAGCAAUUUAUCGAUCUGCUAAUUUUAAGAAUUAACAUUAUUUAAGAUUUGAUACAUGUAUAUUUUAUACCGUCCACGCAUUAACGUUUUAUAAUAAAUCCUUGUAAAAAGUGUUUGGUCCACUUUUAUUAUUGUAUUAUCGUAUAAUAGAUUGGAAAAAAGUAAAUAAUAUAUUAAAAGAAAAACAGUAAUAAAGGAGUAAAAAAUUAGAGCUCGCGUUUUUGUAUAUCACGAGGCACCAGUUAAUUGAUACACGCGAUAUAAAAAUAUUGAAAUUACAAUUGAAUAACGGGCGAGAGAAGAAGACCACUGCUUUGGCUCUCAAAAACGUCAAACCUUAAAUUUUGAUCAAAAUUUUUAAAGUUUACAGUUUUCUACCCAAAAAUCAAGUAACUUUACCUAAGAUAUUGUAGAUUAAAACAUUUUUCUAAUCACAAAGUAAUUUAUUAUUGAAGAAAAAAUACAAUAAAAAAAUACAGCGAUAUGAAUAGUGACGUUUUAUCAGC